CAACCCAGACCCUGAUCGAGGCUCGUUCCCCUUUUGAUCUUGUUAAUCUCGACUUGCAUUUCUCUCUCGACUGUCAGAUCGAACUGGGGGAGACAGUGAUUAAUUCCCAUUGACUCUAGCACCCAUCCCUCCCCCUUCUCGAAAGGUCAUGGAAGCUGCGGCCAGCUAAAGAUCUCCUCCCUCUCGAAGCUAGCAUACCGACACGAACCACCGUCGCUAUAUAUGCACAUGCAAUUUUGAAACCCCAUCAGCUUCAAACCCUGCGCCAGCCCUGUUUUGAAAAGUACCAAGCCACCGAACCUCGCCCGAUUCGUCACCUAUAACCCUCCGACGCAAUGAGUUCCAGCGGGGGAGAUGCGAAGUUGUUCGCAAGGGGCAAAGUCGCCGAACUGCGCCAGGAGCUCAACAGCGGCGGGAAAAAGGACAAGAACCAUUCGGCCAAGAAGAUCGCCCUCAAGAAGAUUGUCGCAAACAUGACGAUGAGCAACAACGAUAUGGUAGCCUUGUUCCCGGAUGUGAUCGGCUGCAUGAACCUGCCCAGUUUGGAAAUCAAAAAGAUGUGCUUCCUGUUCUUGGUCAACUACUCCAGGGCGAAGCCGGAUAUUGCGCUCAAGGCUUUGCCGAUUCUGGUCGAUGAUAUGGAAGAUUCCAACCCGCUCGUGCGUGCUCUGGCUCUACGGACGAUCUCGUACGUCCACGUCCGCGAGUUCGUCGAAGCCACAGUUGCACCGGUCAAGCGAUUGAUGCAGGAUAUGGAUCCCUACGUCCGGAAAACGGCCGCCUUUUGCGUCGCGAAGCUCUACGAGCACGAUAAGAAGAUGGUCGAGAGCUCCGACCUGAUUGAUCGGUUGAACAGCAUGCUUAAGGACGAGAACCCGACGGUGGUAUCCAGCGUCCUUGCCUCCUUGGUGGAUAUUUGGGGACGGAGUGAAUCGAUCUCUCUCACCAUCGACUACGCCAGCGCCUCGAAGCUCGUUUCGAUCCUACCAGACUGCUCUGAGUGGGGCCAAUCAUACAUUCUCGAGGCCCUAAUGUCCUAUGUUCCUCAAGACUCCGCAGAAGCGCUCUUGCUGGCAGAGCGCAUUGCUCCCCGUUUGUCGCAUUCCAACUCUGCCGUUGUUCUGACUUCGAUCCGGGUCAUCCUUUACCUCAUGAACUAUAUCGCAGACGAGAGACAUGUUACCUCGUUAGCGAAGAAGUUGUCACCGCCCUUAGUCACCCUUCUCUCCAAGCCCCCAGAAGUACAGUAUCUGGCUCUACGUAAUGCCAUCCUAAUUCUACAGAAGAGGCCGGAAGUCCUACGGAACGAUAUCCGCGUUUUCUUCUGUAACUACAACGAUCCGAUCUAUGUCAAAGUGACGAAGCUAGAAUUGAUAUUCAUGCUAACAACGAAAGAAAAUAUCUCUGUGGUGCUCGCAGAGCUCAGGGAGUAUGCUACAGAGAUCGAUGUCCAUUUCGUGCGCAAGGCCGUGCGCGCGAUUGGCAAAUUGGCGAUCAAGAUCGAGUCGGCCGCGCGGCAGUGUAUCGACACUCUCCUUGACCUGGUCAACGCGAAGAUUCCCUACAUCGUCCAGGAAGCGACCGUGGUCAUCCGGAACAUCUUCCGCAAAUACCCCAACCAAUACGAGAACAUAAUCAGCAACGUCAUCCAGAACAUCGACGAGCUCGACGAACCCGAGGCCAAGGCUGCUAUCAUCUGGAUCAUCGGACAAUACGCGGACCGCAUCGAGAACUCCGACGGCCUUCUCCAGGACUACCUCGCUACCUUCCACGACGAAACCAUCGAGGUCCAACUGGCCCUCCUGACCGCAACGGUGAAGUUCUUCAUCCAACGCCCAACCAAGGGUCAGCAGCUGGUCCCCCAGGUUCUGAAGUGGUGCACCGAGGAGACGGACGACCCGGACCUCCGCGACCGAGGGUACAUGUACUGGCGGCUCCUCUCCACCGACCCCGCGGCCGCCAAACAGGUCGUCAUGGGCGAGAAACCGCCGAUCAGCGCGGAGAGCGAGAAACUCGACCCCAAGACUCUCGAGGAGCUGUGCUUGAACGUCGGCACGCUGGCCACGGUGUAUCUGAAGCCCGUCCAGCAGGUCUUCCGCAAUGCGCGGACGAGACGGUUGCAGUACAGCCCGGCCCUGCAGAAGCCGCAAGAGGAAGCCAGCAGCGCCGCCGGCUGGCAAAUUCCCGCUGCGGCACAGGUUGCGGCCAGUAGUCCCACGGCCGCGACGGCCGCCAACCCGACUGGGUUCCCGAUGACCGGAGCGGCGGCGGGUGACAUGAACGCCGCCGUCAGCGCCGCGGACAACUACUUCAACAGCGUCGGCAGUCAGCAGAUGGCCGCGCUCGAUCUGGGCGGUCGCGGGGACGGCGGUGCCGGGGGCGGGGGCGCUUCGCAGACCCAGUAUGUGGUCAACCAGAACCAGCAGCAGGUCUAUCAACCCCAGUUGGCUGGUGGUGCGGCGACGGGAGAGCUGUUGCUGCUGUAAUAUCCUCUACCUAGUAUCUCAUACUAUCGCCGCGUCCGUUCCUUCUCCAGGAUACUGAAACUGACUUCCUUGGUUUUUUUCCCCUUCUUGCAUUCAUCCCUUGAGCGAUGCCAGUUUUUUAAUCGCAGGCAGGGACUUGUGAUACCUCUUAUUAUUUACCAUUUCUAUUAUAUGUAUCAUUUUAACUACAUUACACACAAAAUGUAAAGAAGUCAG